AUGGUCAAAAACACCGUCGUGCCUAAGCCGGUUAAGGCUUCGAUUUCAUCGGUGGCUCAUCCUUCCGUCGAAGAAGACUCGAUGAUUAUGCAUAGGCCGGUUUGGGACGAUUGGGAAUUCGCCGAAGAGGAGCCGAUUCCUAGGGUUGUUUUCAGUAAACCUCCUUCUCUCCAAGAGGCAAAGGAAGCAACCGAAGAUCUGAAAGAAGCAAUCAAUAUGGUGUAUAUCAAAUCUCCAAUGGAAGAUUCAAAUGAAGGUGGUUCUGUUUCCAAGAUGCUCUUUCAAACUUCUGAGAACAGAGCUGUUGAAUUAGCUGUUCCACAAGUUGCUCUUCAGGCAUUUGCUUUUCUCAGUGAAAACACUGCUGCGCAGGUGAAAGGUGAUGAGAGAAAAGCAGAGGAGUACUGUGAGAGAGCUAUGUUAUCUGAUAAUGGUAGAGAUGGAGAGAUGUUGUCUAUUGAUGGAGAUUUGAUAUGGAAAAAUCACGGAGAUGGUGUUCGUGCUCAGUCUUACUUUGAUCAAGCUGUUCAAUCUUCUCCACAUGAUUGUCAUGUUCUUGCGUCGUAUGCUCGGUUUCUAUGGGAUACUGAAGAGGAGGAAGAGGAAGAGGAAGAGAUCAAAUAUGAGAAUGGUUUUAACCCAUCUGUAUCAGUUGUCUUGACUCUUUGCGCUGAUCUUAAAUCGGUUUGA